AUGGCUUCCCCAGUGCCACCGACCAAUCAAGGUAAGCUCGCGAAGGAUGUGCGUCUCUUCUGAAGGGAUAAUUUCAGAGGCUGGACUCAAAAUCGCCGCCGUCGAGGUUCCGAGCACCGAGUCUCUCGAGAGAAGAACCCGUGAUGGUGAGUACUGGCAACGGGGGGAAAGUGAUACGGAUGUUUGCUGUGUUUUGAUAUCCUUUCGAAUGUUUUGGAAGCAUUCGCUUUUCGUGUUGAAAUCGAGUUCCACUCUGAGAAAUGCUCCAUUUCUUUCCUUUUCCUUCUCAAAGCUUUUCCGUAUUGCGAAGUAUAUCUGGAAUAACAAAUGAAUGCAUGUAUAGUUUGGGAUUGUGAGAAGAAAUCGGAUACUUGCCAUCCAUCUAGAAUUCAUGGAAUGAAAACUUUAUUCCGCAAAGACUUGUUCUCUCUCAAUUUCCAAGUUUUCAGGCAAAUGGACACUCCGUCAGCUCCGCCAGACCGACGCCAUCGUUCCAUUGCAAUCCGGAACGAAUCAGUUCGACAGUCAGCGAGUGAGUCGACCUUUCACGGAUAUAUGUGUGUGUGUGCUAAGAGAGCAAAACGAGAGAAAAGAGAGCUUUCACAGAAAAAAAACAGUAAACUCUCGGAGAUCUCUUUUGACGGGAGCGCGAAAGAGGGCGAAAAGAAAGAGAGUGCUCAUCUCGAAAUCCAAACAAACGCGGCUCCGCAGAUUUCAUCAUUCGUUUCCGAUAUCAGAGAUUGCAUCGGAUCAUUGAGACAUUUGAAAUAGGACGAAUGAACUUUGAAAGUGGCAAGGGGAUACUGUAGUUUGAGAGAGAGAGAGAGGGAUUACGGUAUCAAUCGGCCCAACUUAGUCAGUUUGGUAGUGCUUGCACACCCUAACUUUCCUUCAACUAAGGUAAUGUGUGCAAGCACUGUCAGAAGUCACUCUAUGUAGUCGUGUCUUGUCCAUUUGUCCUGUCUGUGUCCACGUCUCCGUGUGUAUGUGUAUUUCAGGGAAAAACAGGCUUCGGAAUGCCACGCAACACGCAAACCAAAGUGGACUUUGCCGACCGUGACAAGCAAUGGUUGAUCGAGGAACAGAAGCAGUAUUCGGACGCGAUCGUGCGACUCCAAUCGGGAACGAAUCAGUUCGAGUCUCAGAAGGUUUCCCCCCUCUUCGGUUCUGUCAAUUUGUCUGUCCACCUCUCUCGUUUCUUUCCUCACUAACACCUGUAAGUGUGCAGUUCUGACACUUCGUUUGCAGGGAAAGACCGGCUUCGGAAUGCCACGAAACACGCAGACGAAGGUGGAGUUCGCGGAGCACGGAGCCCGCUGGGCAGUGGCCGACAACUCGGCGCACGACGGCAUCGUCCGUUUGCAGUCCGGAACUAAUCAGUACGAGAGUCAGAAGGUUCUGUUCGCUUUGAGAAUGUCUCUUGUCCUUCCUUUGUGGUUCCUUGUCCUUGGUUAUCAACAAAAAAGAGAACCCGUUUGUGUGUUUGGGUUAUGAGGUCCCUCGGGAGGUGAUGGUUGAUUAGGGGAGCGGCGCUCGGAAGCAUGAGACCGGUUGGGAUGCGUCAAUGAGUUGCGAGUUCAGUUAUAAUCACUGAUUGCCCGUCUCCCCCUCAUUCCCCGUGUUUACCGUCGGAUUAGUAGUAGUAGCGAUGCCUCCUGUCCCCCUUUUUUUCCACCCGUUUGCACUUUUCAAUCAUUUCUUCGUUUUUUCCAGGGAAUGACCGGUUUCGGAACUCCUCGCGACGUCAAAGGAAAGCAUCUGAAGAGAAUUUGGGAACUCGAAUUCCCGGAAGAAGCGGCCGAUUUCCAGCAGCAGCCAGUGAAUGCACAGCCACAAAACUAA